ACCCAAACUCAAAAGAGAAAUAGUAGUAGUAAGUAAAGCAGUGAGAUGAGAUGAGUAGGUAGGUGAAGGAAGCAGUCAUGGAGUUCAGAGCAAGGGAUUACAUUGUCGACCAAACAACUCAGUCAUUACAUCGCGUUCGAGCAGAAUUUCAUCCUCUCGCUACCCGCCCUUCGUUCAAUCAGGUAGAUGCUGUGAUUAAAGAGAAUAUCGAGUUUUAUGAUCCAUUGAGAAGCUCUAUUGGAGGAAAUGCAGAAGAAUUUGUUAGGGAUGAAGAGGGCGUUCAUGAUAUUGAUGAUGCAAGAGGGAUCUCAAGCAAAGACGAACUUCAAUUGUCGGCUAAAGAAUGGUCUUCUUUCAAGAGAUCCUUGGCACAACGAUUUUCAGUCUUAAAGAUGGUCUCUAUUUCGUCAAUGCAUGAUGUAAUAGUAAAAGAUGUCAAGGUUCAUGAGAAACCAUCAACAAGCCUGCAUCUAGAUGAAUUGAAUGAUCCUGAAAAGUUUGCUGAGAAUGAUGUCAAAGUCAUUACACGGCAAGAGUAUGUAUCCCGAUUGCGUGAACUGAAAGAUGAAAUUCGUCGCGCAUGGCAGGCUGAUGAGCGCGUAACAUCCCUGAAGCUAUCUAUCAAGGUUGCUAGACUUCUGAUGGACACAUCUGUUUCACAAUUCUAUCCUGCCCUUUUUGUUUUAGUUACGGAAAUACUGGAUAUGGUUGGAGACAUGGUGUGGGAGCGCAUUAAAAGGAGGGCGGAAUUUUCGGAUGAUGGAACUAUAAUAUGUUGUUUGCAAGAUAACUUUGUUUCCAGUGAUAUUCGUUCUGAAGCUAAGGAAACCUGUUAUAACUGGUUUUGCAAAAUUGGUUCCAUCCGCGAGCUUCUUCCACGCAUUUAUUUGGAGCUGGCGAUACUGCACUGUUGGCGUUUCCAGCGUGACCAACCGUGGCAGAAUCUUGAACGCCUGGUCAUGAUGACGAGGGGAAUAGCGGAUCCUCUGGCAUCUGCAUAUUGUCGCCUAUAUAUAGCUCGCUGUGCUCAAAAAUUGCUUCCAAGUGAUAAAGGAUACCUCAUCACUUGCAUUAGCGACAUCAAUCUUGUAUUGACCCGUAUUGUUUCGGAGAAAGAACCCACACCCAGUAAUUCUCUGGAAAACAAAAAUUUGCUCAUCAACCUGGUGGAACCUACCAUUGAGUGGAUUACGAGAUGCAUUCUUAAGGAUGCUCAUCAGAAGAAGCAGGCUUAUAAUAUACUGAAGGAGCUUGGGGUAGUUAGGAACAUAAAGAAGAUGAUUGGUAAUGUCCCUUGUACCUCAAUUGUGCUUCAUUAUAUCCUCAAGGAACUUCCUGUGGAGAGCGUUUGCUCCCAUGCGGUAGAGAUCGUGAAGCUUAUCGAGUCCAACAAGGAUAUUUCGCUUGAUCAGUAUAUGAACUACAGGUUACUUGGUUUAAGGCUCUGCGAGAAGAGGCCUCCAAUCGAUUUUGUCAGUGCAGUACUGGGUAAUGUUUUUCAGGUGUCAACUCUAUCCAGCAGCCUUGAUCAGUACUUGAAGGUUGUGGAUGGUUACAUAGAUCUCGUCUUUCAGCACCAGAUGGAUAAUUUUUUAGCCAUCAUCUUAGAUGGUAUUUUCAUUCGAGCAGCCAAUCAGGUUGUUGUGGAAAGUGAACUGAGCAGUCUGCAGUCCAUUUUCGUAAAACUUCUUGCUCAUGUCAAGAAACUGGAAGAUGCAUUUGCUCUGAAUCACUUUGUUGAGAUCGUAGAUGUUGUGAUGCACGGGGGUUCAAGAGAUGUUGUCUAUAUGCAUAUCCUUGGUAAAGCAAUAAAGAGCGGUAAUAUUCAUGAUCCAGCAACCAUACGGGUACUUUUUGAAUUUUCUCAGACUCUUCACCAAGGUUUAGAUUUUGCAAACAUCAAAGACGAUCAGCAGCAACAGUCAGCUCAUCUCAUUUCUCGUUUUAUCCAGAUGGUCGAUUAUGGGACAGCAUUGGAACGCCAUUUAGAAUUUUUAGUUGAAUGUCGUGGAGCUUUUGGUAGGAUCAAUGAGCUUAAGGAAACUCUUGUCCAUGCAAGCAAUAAUUUAGCGAUAAAAGCUAUCAAAGGUUCUAACAAACUUGUCAGUUUCAUCAAGUCCUGCAUUUCAUUUAGUGAAGUUACAAUACCGUCAGUGUCAGCUAGCGUCAAGCAGAUAAAUCUAUAUCUUGAGACAGCAGAGGUUGCUCUGCUAGGCGGCUUAUUUUCUCAUACAGAUGGACUUGUUGAUUCGGCAAUCAGUUGUUUCCAAAGUUUAGACCUAACUGAUGGGUCGCCGACUGAAAUGGAUGGGGCUCUUUCCAUAGUGCAGAAACUUUGCAGCCUCCUGAUCAUAAUUCCAGGAGAUAUCGGACACGGAGUUGCUUACUAUCCGAGAAGCAUACUGUCGCUAAUUAAUUCAAAGCAGUGGAUAACACCAAAGUUGAGGACAAGAGCUUUCUGCGCAAUAGUUUCUUUAUCUGCUACACUUUCUCAAAAUAAGCUCCCUUACCAUGUGAACAAUAAAGAGAUCAUGAGCAAUGACAAACUAUAUUUUGGAGAUCCGAGUUAUUACCAAGAAUUUAUAUCCGUUGCGACCUCAGUUGUUAAAAACAUAGUCAAUGAUGUCAAACAAGAACGACACGGGAUUACUCGAGGAAGUACAGCGCUAGAAGCUUGCAACUGCAUCUUAACAGCUUUCAAGGCAAGUAAUGAAAUAUCACAAAUCUGCUCCCAACUGAUUGAGAUUGCCAAGUCAUGCUUGAAUGCAAAUGAUAAAUAUCUGCGCUCGACAGUGAACUUAAUGCGUAAAAGCCCAAGUAGUUCAACUAGUUCACUCAUGAUAACUGGUUAAGAGACAUCGGUUUGCUUAUGAGAAGCAUGCAUUCAGGAUACGAAGAAGAGGAUUUGUAUAUUAAAAGGGAACACUUGAUAUUACAAAUAAUACUGUGUUUAAUUGCAAUUUAAUGUUGUAUACUAGUGUGUUUCACCUUUAUUUCCUUUUCAUCUUUUUGGGCCCUGUUGGGUCAAUAAAUGUAGAAAAAAGAAGGCCCCCUUCAAUUAGAUUAUUGUUUUCAUGUAGUUACCAGUAUCAAGUUGAACUUCAUUUC